AUCAUUUUCAAACCAUCAGAAAACAUUUUCUUUUCAACAACGACCAAAGAGAAAAGAAACAUGGCGGCUUUUGCGACCAAACAGUCUAUGUUGUUGUUGUCGUCGUCUCUCCUGCUCUUGAUCGGCGUAUCCACCGGAAGUUUCUAUGACAACUUCGAUAUCACAUGGGGCGAUGGUCGUGCCAACAUAUUUGAGUCUGGACACCUAUUAACUUGCACUCUCGACAAGAUCUCCGGUUCAGGUUUUCAAUCCAAGAAAGAGUAUCUAUUCGGAAAGAUCGAUAUGAAGAUGAAACUUGUUGCCGGAAACUCAGCUGGAACCGUCACUGCUUACUACCUUUCCUCUAAAGGCGAGACAUGGGAUGAGAUCGACUUCGAGUUCUUGGGUAAUGUUACUGGACAGCCCUAUGUUCUCCAUACAAAUGUGUUCACAGGAGGUAAAGGUAACCGUGAAAUGCAGUUCUAUCUCUGGUUCGAUCCAACGGCGGAUUUCCACACUUACACCGUCCUUUGGAACCCUCUCAACAUCAUCUUUCUAGUGGACGGUAUCCCAAUCAGGGUGUUCAAGAACAAUGAGGCUCACGGUGUGGCUUACCCGAAGAGCCAGCCGAUGAAGAUCUACUCAAGCCUAUGGGAAGCUGAUGAUUGGGCAACUCAGGGUGGUCGAGUCAAGACUGAUUGGACUAACGCUCCAUUCAGCGCUUCUUACAGGAGUUUCAAUGAUGUGGACUGCUGUAGCAGGACUUCAGUAUGGAAUUGGGUUACGUGCAAUGCGAAUAGCAACUCGUGGAUGUGGACAACACUUAACUCCAAUCAGCUUGGACAGAUGAAGUGGGUACAAGAUGACUACAUGAUCUAUAACUAUUGUAAUGAUUUCAAGAGGUUCCCUCAAGGUCUACCCACGGAAUGCAACCUCGGCUGAUAUAUCGUGUUACCGGGAAAAUUCAAGAGCUUGGUGCAGUUUCUUUCUUUUAAUUUAACUUCAUGAUUCUUUUAUUUGAUUUGGUUAUUCUUUUGAGUUUCUAAGAUUUGCUUACCAUAUUGAGUAAUUGUUUAAUUUUUGGGUCAUCAACUCAUCAUCUGUUAUAAUUUGAUUACACUGUUGAUUUUCAUAUCUUAAAACAUUAAUAAUAUUUGAUUCAACCCUAGCUAGAGCAAGUGGGCUUUUGACACAUAAAUAAGCCCAUAAUCAGACUUAAACCUGGAUUAACUUAACUCUACGUCACUUGAUAAUUCAACUACAUGUAUAAAAUCCUUUUAAACUCACAUGCAUAACAUAUAGAAUUCUGACGUCUGAUUGAUCGUAAAUCAGAACGUAAUCAUUGUAGUUGAACUAGUCUAACUCAUAUCCCAUGCAUCUGUCUCGCUCUUAUAAUAUAUGUUGAAAAACUAUCAUUGUAUAUAUCUUAUAAAAAAGACUUAGAUUGAUACGACACUUUUGGAUCCGCAUGUUAAUUCAUUCCGUCUUAAACUCUUACUCGGUAUUUAUAGAACAAGCAAAACAAAACGAAGAUCGAUAAAAAUGAGAUGAUAACAAAGCAAGUUCCACUAGAAAAAGCUUGUUGUUCUGUUGUAAAUGAUGGACAAGAUUGGUAACUAAUAAAGUUUAGAAGGUUGCAUUCGUGUUUGGACGAUAACACUCAUCUCUUAAACAUCUAUUCAAUCACAUGUCAACAAAAGCUAUCAAGAUUCAAUGUAUCGAUUUAGACGUGAAAGAGAUGAUUAGUAUUUUAACAAUGAAACGGUUUGAAACUAUUUUAUUUGUUGACCCUGCAAAAAGGUUAUUAUAAAUUAUAAGAAAUGGAAGACGAUAACUUCAAAUUAUUACCCAAAUCGGGAAAUAAAAUCUAUGUUUUUUGUUACUCGGUCUUAGAUUUCUUUCCAGUAAAAAGAUUGAACUCCGGAAAAUUCAUUGUCCACAGAUUUGUAAACCCAUGAUUAUCGGAGGUUUCAAAAAAUUGUAUACAUGAUAGUACCAAACUUAUUCGUAAAACAAGUUGAAUUAUGUUUCCAACACUUAGUAUACGUGCUUCACAAUAAUUUUUGCUUUUAAACAAGACAAUACGGUUUUUAGACUUUACAUACAAAUAAAGAUGAGACUUAAUAGGUUUUUUUUUACUUAGCUAUUACAAGAAACCUAAUAGUUUUUUUUUUUUUUUUGUAACUGAACUAUGCAACUGAAAUUAUGCAACUGAAACAUCUUUUAAUUAGUUGUUUUUCCGUUUCCAGUUAUUAGAUGUUCUAAACUUUUCAUUCAUAUUAUCAUGAAACUUUAACAAUAACCAUCUUAACCUUGUUUCUUAAAUGUUAUUUAAAUUCUAUCUUUAAUUAAUGUAGAGUAAAUUAAUAAAAAGGAACAAUAUCUAUAUCUAUACAUAUAAAAAUAAAAAUAAUUUAUUUUUAAAACA